AUGGCAGAAGGAAUACAAAGGAAAGUGAGAUCAUUAAUUGACGGUUUUAAUAAAUUUUAAAUAGAAAAAGAAUAAUUAAUAGAGAAAGAUAAAAAUUAAGAAAAGCAAAAGUAAAGGACUUAACAGCUAAAGUAUAAGAGUUGCAACUUAAAUAAUUUUAAUUAUAAUCUUUUUGAUUUGUCGAAUGACUCUUAAAAUUUUCCACUAUUGCUUCAUGUCAUUUUCUAAUCUUCAUUCUAUUCUGAAAGUAAUAUAGUGGCUAUCAGUGAGAAGCAGAAACUGGUUAACAAAAAUAAGAAAAUAUAAGUUUACUAAAUAAUGAGCUUAACUAAUUAUUGA